UGUUUAACGUGAUGAAUGCCAAAAAGCGUCAAAACGGGAAAAAAGCUUCAAGAAGGGAAGGAUGUGCCAAACAAUUGUUCAGAGAUCCUUUGAUAGACGGAGUACGUUGGAUAGAGCGCUAUGCAUCGACCGUUGAUAGAUUUUGGGGUAUAUUACCUCAGUACAUACGGAAUUUACUGGCAGCAUUUGCAGUAUUUCUAAUGGCCUCCAGUGUUAAAGGUGACUGGAUUUCGAUUGCAGUACAUUUGGUCAAACACAUCAAAGGGGUAGACGAGCUUAACAGUAUUCAAGCGCCGAACGAUAGCGUUGACCGGGAGAAUAGAACAGGUGGUACAAAAGCUGAUGAUGUACUCGAAUACCUGAACCUCACAGGCUUGCCCCAUUACUUGAGCUUAGCAAUCACGGGUUCGUUUAUAAUCUAUUUCGGAGUAGGUGGGUUCAUUCACUGGUAUUACUACAUUAACAAGCGUGACCGACCGCAUGAAUGGAAAUGUCAACCGGAGAAAUUUUUAUCUCCCGAACUUGAACUUCAUGAAAUUUUCGUUGGUGGAUUUUCAAUGCUGAUAAUGAGCUGCUUAAGUGGAAUUUUAUCAUGUUACGCCAUGAACAACGGAAGAUUACUCACUUUAUACUACCGUUGGGAUGAGUACGGAUGGUGGUGGUUCUUUGGUCAGAUACUUGUCAUAUUUUUGUACCAGGACUACUUAACCUACUGGUUGCAUCGCAUUUACCAUUGGCCUUGGUUGUAUAAGCAUUUCCACAAACUGCAUCACACAUACAAGCAACCAACUGCAUUUUCAGUUACCGCGAUUCAUCCUGUCGAGAUAUUGCACGUACAGCUUACUAUGCUGUUGCCAAUAUUUACAAUUCCAACGCAUUGGGCGGCUUUCUAUUUAAUCGAAAUCUACACGUAUGCUCAUGGCAUUAUGAACCAUAGCGGAGUGAACAUCAAAUCUUUUUGGUGGCAGCCUUGGCAACCGGAUACGAUGUUCCACGACAAUCAUCAUCAGUAUUUUCAUGUGAAUUUCGGAUUCAACAUUUUUCUAUGGGAUGUUAUUCAUGGCACGUACAGACAGAAGGAUCGUGUCUAUUCGGAGGAUAUAUUUUUCGGGAAAGGAAAAAGCUUCGAAGAAGUGAGCCAAGCAGAGUUUGAAAAAGAUAUUGCUGAACGUAAGCUGGAGAAUCCAAAGGCAUACAGGAAUAAUGUGCAUGCGUACGAUUUAGAUGAGAGGGUAGUUUGCGAUCUGAUAAAAAGUUCUAAAAAAGCGUAA